UUCAUUAUUUGCUACAAGUCUCCAUCUAUAACCACAAUCCGACGUAUAUAUAUAUAUAUAAUAUAUAUAAACAUAAAUCUUCGAAAAAUCGUCCGCUCUGAAUUUACAAGAAAUUCGGAGGAAUUUCUCAAUCGUCCAGUUUUAGGGUUCCCCAUUAUCACCCGCUGAUUUUAUCAAAGCAGAGUUUGAAGUUCUUGUGAUUGGAAUUGGGGAUUUUUAGCUGGAGAUGAGUGUGGUGGGGUUUGACAUCGGAAAUGAGAACUGUGUGAUAGCUGUAGCUAAGCAGCGUGGGAUCGAUGUGUUAUUAAACGAUGAGUCAAACCGUGAGAAUCCGGCUGUGGUUUCGUUCGGAGAAAAACAGAGGUUCUUGGGCUCUGCUGGGGCGGCAUCCGCUACUAUGCACCCAAAGUCAACUAUAUCUCAGGUCAAGAGAUUGAUCGGUCGGAAUUUCAGCGAACCGACAGUGCAAAAUGACCUAAGAUUGCUUCCUUUCGAGACAUCAGAGGGGCCCGAUGGUGGAAUCCUGAUUCAUCUACGAUACUUGGAAGAAAGACAAACUUUUACCCCAAUACAGAUUUUGGCAAUGCUACUCGCGCAUUUAAAGCAGAUUGCAGAAAAGAAUCUCGAGACGCAGAUUUCCAAUUGCGUGAUUGGAAUUCCGUCCUACUUUACUGCUCUGCAAAGACGGGCAUAUUUACACGCAGCAGAGAUUGCGGGUUUGAAGCCAUUGAGGUUAAUGCAUGACUGUACUGCUACUGCACUUGGUUAUGGUAUUUACAAGACAGAUUACCCAACAAAGGGUCCCACAAAUGUUGUGUUUGUAGAUAUUGGCCAUUGCGAUACGCAAGUUGCUGUUGUAUCGUUUCUGUCUGGGAAUAUGAAGGUGCUGUCCCACUCCUUUGACAGCAACUUGGGAGGAAGAGACUUUGAUGAAGUUCUGUUCAGACAUUUUGCUGCUCAAUUUAAGGACCAGUACAGGAUUGAUGUUUAUUCUAGUACACGGGCUUCUGUGAGGCUGAGAGCAUCGUGCGAGAAGCUGAAGAAAGUCUUGAGUGCUAAUGCGGAGGCGCCACUUAAUAUCGAGUGCUUGAUGGAAGAGAAAGAUGUGAAAGGGUAUAUCAAGAGAGACGAGUUUGAAAAAUUGGCGUCUUCACUUGUAGAGAGGAUUAGCAUUCCGUGUCGUAGGGCUUUGAUUGAAUCUGGUCUCACUGUUGAGAAGAUUCACAGUGUUGAGCUUGUUGGGUCGGGUUCUCGAGUACCGGCUGUUACUAAGAUGCUGAAUUCGGUGUUUAGGAAAGAGCCGAGCCGGACACUGAAUGCAAGUGAAUGUGUGGCUCGUGGUUGUGCCCUUCAGUGCGCAAUGCUUAGCCCGAUAAUCCGAGUUAGAGAGUAUGAGGUGCAGGACCGUUUCCCAUUUUCAAUUGCAUUUGCAUCAGACGAAGGGCCAGUCUGCUCAUUGAAAGAUGGAGUGUUGUUUCCGAAAAAUAAUGCUUUUCCAUGUACGAAGGUGAUUACGUUGCAUAGGAGUGAUAUAUUUCAGAUGGAAUCUUUCUAUCCAAAUCACGAUGAGCUACCCUCUGGUGUCUCUACUCGAAUCAGUUCUUUCAAGAUCGGACCGUUCAGAGUUUCUCAUGAGGAGAGGACGAAGAUUAAGGUUAAACUUCAGCUAAACCUCCACGGAAUUUUUUCUAUAGAAUCUGCCUCUCUGGUAGAUGAUCAAGUUGAUGAUUCUACUGUAAACAACAGAAUUGAUAUUCAUUCAGAAAAUUUUGAACCAAGCAAUCAUGAGUCCUCUGACAAAGCAAAUGGUCCUUUUGGUCAUGAAAUGAGAAGGCUAAAGGCUAUUAGAAGGCAGGACAUAUUCAUUGACGAGACUGUACACGGUGGAAUGACACAGGGCGAGCUCUCCCAAGCUCAAGAAAAAGAGCUUCAGUUGGCUCAGCAGGACAUAAACAUGGAGAGGACCAAAGAGAAGAAAAAUACGCUCGAGGCUUAUGUGUACGAAACAAGAAACAAGCUUCUGAAUUCAUAUCGGAGUUUCGCCACUGAUUCUGAAAAGGAAGGGAUUUGCAGUAAUUUGCAACAAACAGAGGAGUGGCUUUAUGAAGACGGGGACAGUGAGUCCGAAAAUGUUUACACUGAAAAAUUAGAAAAUCUGAAGAAGAUGGUGGUUCCAAUUGAAGACCGAUACAAAGAAGAAGAGGCCAGGGCACUGGCCACCAGAAACCUAUUAAAUUGCCUAGUUGAGUAUCGGAUGGCUGUACGAUCACUUCCCCCGACUGAAAGAGAUGCAGUAAUCGGAGAAUGUAAUAAAGCAGAGCAGUGGCUUCGGGAAAAAAGCCAGCAGCAGGAUAUGCUGCCCAAGAAUGCAGAUCCUAUACUUUGGUCUGGUGAAAUCUCAAGGAAAGCUAAGGCUCUUGAUGAGAUGUACAAGCAUGUGACUGGUUCCAAGUCUUCGUCACCCAAACGAAAGGCUGGCAGAGAAUCAGAUUCAAGCAGUAAAGGGGAUGAUAUGCAAGUUGAUUGAUUUUUCGGUAUCGAGUGCUGAAGUUCAAGAAAGUACCCAAACCCAUCACCGCUUGAUGACGUGGAUUUACCGUGUGUCAAAAUUCUUUUGUAAGUUCUCUCUCUACACCAUCUUUCUGGAUGGACGUGCGCUAAUUAUAUCAACUGAAACAUGAAAACGUUUCACUUAUAUGGUGGUGGUUUCUCCCAUUUUUUUCGAUAGCUGUUUCUUCGAUACAGAGGUCCAGUUCUUGUAAUACCAAAGCAAUUUGUCCCCUUUCGACUGAUUCCUUAUAUAGUGGAAGAAUAAUAAAGAUUGACCAGUAAUGUAAGAUUUUUUUAGCUGGUGUUUGUUAAAUGAUGGAUCCAUAUUUUUUUCGUCCUGGA